AUGCCCACUGACACUGGAUGGCAACUGUAUCGUUCUUACAAAAGCGGCACCAAACAUGUCGUUUCCUGGCUUGCGAAUGCUGCACGGCAGCGGUGCAACGUUGCGACAUUCAUGCCAGUCUUGUGCGAAAUAACAUCUUCAGUGCACGCAGUCACGUUGUCUGCAUCUGACCUUCUCACGUUAGCAAAAGAGCUUCUGGCGGAAAGCCGUCCGAUGAUCCCGCCUCCUACAGGUAUCAGCGACACGCUCGUUGUUCUCGCCAGUGUCAUCAGUCUCCGUCAGGAAAGCACCACGUGGCGACAGCAAAACAACUCUUCCGACCAUUCGCAUCAUCAUUUCAUCCGCGUCCUCGAAUCUUUGGCCUUGAUCCUGCGCCAGGUACAGGCCAACAGUUGGAAGAUCAGCAAACAGGACCGCCCGGCUCACUUGCCCACAGCAUGUGGACUCAAUAAUUCCUUUGGUAUGCUACAUGUGGAGCUCCCGAAGAAGUCCAAAGCAGUGCGGCCCGUACAGGAACCUAGAAGCGAAGAAUGUGACCCACCACAAUGCUUCGACCUCCCUUGUGAGACUUCAGUCACGCUCGAAAACCGGGAUGAUGAUCGAGAUUUUGCUUUGUGCUGUACUUUGAAAGAGUGCCACGACGUCCGAUGCUUCAUCAAGCAAGUGUGGUCUACGCGAUACAACAAAACGGACCCCGUCAGCCUCGACGUAGCUUCUCAGAUAACAAGCAACGCCAUAGCAAUGCUUGCAGUGAGCGUCGACGAGUUUACCGAAGAAUAUCCCGAGCUUGGAAACUUUGACCAGAUUGCGGAAUAUGCUGAGAUUGCACUGGAUAUCGAUGAAGACGGCACAGAAUCAUUUUCAUGCGGAAGCAAAGUUGUACAGUUCUGUGGUAGCACGAUCGAUCCACGUGAUUUCCUCUGCAUACCCGCCUGGACUCUGGUACAUUUGAUCCUGAAAGUGAAGGUUUCGAGGAACAUGCGACAGUGCCAGCAAGUGGUUUUGCAUCUCAGAACUCAUAGUACUCUUGGCGGUGACAUAUUUAGCAGCCUCGGCGAAUUCGGAGAACUUUACCAAAACGGACAGCGACGCUCCGCAGCAUUCGCUGGCUGCGAUGCAUUCACGCAGCUCUUGAUCGAUUUUCUAUUCUCAGACUCAUUGCUGACUGUUAUUUUCGUCUUCACCCUGCAGGUACAACUGGACAUAUGUAAAGCCCAAGAAGACAUUGUGGGCUCAACGGUCGUUGAGCUGGUAACACGCGCUGAACGAACGGAUGUACUUCUCUCUGGUGACAUAUCAACGGCUACAGCGAUAACCGAUCACUCGCUGCUUGGAGGCUGCAUGCCCAUGUCGGAAAAGCAAGCGUCUCUCUUCCACAUUAUCCGAGCGGGAAUCAAGUCUCCCCUUCAAGCGGAUUGUGGCGUUGACAUUUCGCGCCUGGUGAUUCGAACAGGAAGAUCCUCCGGCGGUGGCACCACGUCCAAAUGGCUGUACAAUUGUCCAACUUUGGCUGGACACCUGAAAGUGGUUCUAUCUGAACUCGAGCAUCAGGAUGGAAUUGACACUUGCAAUCAUGGCCUGGUGGCUCACAGCAUGGCGCACUUGUACGCUGCCUGUCAGAAGUUAUCGCCAAAGCUCGAAUGGCCCGACAUGGAUUGGGUGAUUACUCGGCAAGGAAAACAAGGCUUCGGACUUCUUCAAACCACCGACCUGAACGAACCUCUCGCAACAGGAGCACCCUCUGGGGCGAUUCAGGCAUCGGCCAAAAUCUUCGGCCUUUCACUUGGUGUGAAACUCAGCAAGUAUACCAGGCAACGUCGGCAUGGUUAUCAUGUACCAUGUGUCCGACUACCUCUUCCUUCAGCCGCCGCUUGCAUGUCCCGUGCAGCCCGCCUCAAAAUCACUUCGACCUACAUGCAAACGCGGGAGCAGUGCGUGGCUAUGGUUGGAAAGCUAGGGCUGCCCCAAAAUACCAUCCUCAGAGCUACUUGCCACAGAUCUGCCCAAGCCAUUCUCUCAGGAACGAAAUCCGAGAAGAAGCACAAGAAGAACUGCGGCAAUGAAAGUUUGUCUACCGUACAGGUUCUGGCUCUACUCCAAUCCAGCCUCACCUCGGAACAAAUCGACAUGCACUUCCCAUUCCACGCAUUCUAUUUAUACUGUAUUGUAGCAAUGGACACCGUUGUCAAGAAAUGCAAGGAGUUGAAAAGAUUCCGAACAAAGAUGAAACCUGGCAUGGCCUUUUACGAAAUUGUCGAUGAGCUUUUAUGGGAAGCUGCAGAGGCGGAAGCGGCUGGUCGUACUCCCACCACCCUUUUGGCGGUCACUAGAUCGCUGAGAGAAAUUCUGGAUUUCAUGGGGAGGAAUUUGAUGGAUGUCAUGGAGCUUCAGAGUCAACUCGUCGAGACGGAACAUCAGCUCUGGAGGGAGGUCGCUGCGAAGUAUAGCGAGCGUGCAAAAGUCAAACCUGUGCAUGCCAUGAGAUCGAAAUUGUCUCUUCGAGGCUCUGUUAUGGAGGUUAUUUUGCUUGAUGUGGAGGACUGUAAGCCGGAAAGUCGUGCUGAGGAAUGA